GGGCGCUCAGUUAAACACCCACGUCAGCAUUGGCGUUUUUUCUCGGUCUAGAAACGGGUUUCGGUCUUUAGGGCUGAGCAGGAAGUGUGGCGAAUGUGUACCCCAAACCAGAAACAGAACAAGUAAAGUUGACAAUAAAAUACAGAAAAUGGCCAUGGUAACAGAGAUGGUUGCGAAUAGAGCAUAUCCGGCACCGGGCGAACCAGGUCAGCUACAGGUCCCACGGUGGUAUCACACCGACAUCACAGCGGACCACCAGGGCUACCUGCUAAAGCAGCUGGAUGAACAGAGGCGUCAGGAGCUGUUCUGUGACUGCAACGUUCUGGUGGAGGGUCGGCUAUUCAAAGCCCACCGCAAUGUACUUUUCGGCAGCAGUGGCUACUUCCGCAUGCUGCUCUCCCACGGUGCCGACGACAACACAGAGCCGGUCAACGCCUCCUUCGAGGUCUUUAGCCCCGACACGUUCACCGUCAUACUGGACUUCAUUUACUCUGGAAAGCUGGACCUCUCCAGUCACAACGUGAUCGAGGUGAUGUCGGCUGCCAGCUACCUGCAGAUGAAUAAUGUCAUCAGCUACUGCAAAGACUUCAUCAAGUCCUCCCUGGAGAUCAGUGCCAAAGAGGAUGAUGUCCGCUACCUCAGCCUGUCGGAGAACAGCUACACCCAAGGGGUGGGGGAUGACAACGCAGACCCUGAAGCCGCUGGCUCAGUCAGCCCUCCCUCUGCCCUCUGGACCCACGACAGCUCUAGGCCCCAGUCCUCUAGAUACCUGGCGAAGGAUUCGGACCUGAAAGCUGCGGUCCUGAAGCAGGAGCUCAUCUCCCCUCAGUCUAGCCAGCAACACAGCCCCGAAGUGGAGGUCCUGCCCGAUGUAGAGCAUCUCCAGUUUGCCCAGCCUCUCACGGAGCGGAGGCGGAGAGGGGCCGCCAAGAGGAAAGGCUACUGCACACGGUCCUCAACCCAUGAGGCCCUGGCCAUUCAGGAGGCUCAGUCGCAAACAGCCCAGAAGGCUAACGAACUGUAUGCCACCCUACCUACCAUUGUGGGUGUUGUGGGACUCUUCAACAAAGACCCUAACCCCUCCAUGCGCUUCAAGUGUCCGUUCUGCACGCACACAGUCAAGAGGAAAGCAGACCUGAAGAGGCACCUGCGCUGUCAUACAGGCGAGCGGCCGUACCCGUGCCAGGCCUGCAACAAGCGAUUCACCCGCUUGGAGCACCUACGCAGCCACUUUGAGACGAUCCAUCAGGCCAGGAAGUUGGUGUGCAGGAAGUGCAAGCGUCGGGUGACAGAGCUGAGUGGGCAGGUGGUGUGUGAUGGCUCGCGGAGCUACAGAAUGUGCACAGAGUGCAUCCAAGAGACUGGUUGUGAAAACCUGCCUAUGGAGGGUCUGGAGGAGGCCAGUGAGGAACCUGCCCUUCUGCUGGGAGUGGAUGGGGAGGAAGAGGAUGGAGAAGCACAGCGGAGCUGGCUAGUAACUGACGAUGAUGACCUAGCAGAAGAUUCGGGGGCUGACCUUAUCAUCCAGGAAGUGGAUGACAGUGAUGAGUAACUUUAGUGAAAAUGAUGUUGGUCAAGAUGUUCUGGAGUAAUCUUUUUUUUAAAUAAUAAUCAAUUGUAAAUAUUUAAAUUUAUAAUAUAGUAUACUGCUAUCAAGGUUGUAUUUUCAGUUUAAUAUAAAGCAGUGUUUGUUAUUCAAUGUACAGUGAAUUGGCUGUGUAAUAUUACCAUUUUGUUUGAGUUUAAAUUUCUUUGUAACAAAAAUAUCAACAUUAUUUCCAGGAAAAUAUGCAUCACACCAUUGACGUUAAUAUUUUUAGGAAUGUUUAUGUAUAUAUUUGCCAACCUCUUUCAAGUUUGAUCACCUACAUUGAUCAGUGUUUCACAAUGUUAGUUGUUGGCCUUUCAAUAGUGGGAGUUUGUUAUAAUAACCUGUCCUACGUAUACUUCCUUACAUAAAUAUUUGUACAGUGAAGCUAAGAAAUAUCCUAAUUACAUUUUUUACUAAAACAGUUACAAUUUCUUUCAAUUGGGCACAACUGGUCUGAAACAGGAAUCAUUACGGAACCCACUACAUUUUUUUUUACUAAAUGUAAUUCACCUUCAGUGAAACUGUCCGAAUAGGUUGGUAUAGCAUUAAUAUAGUUAAUAAAACGGUUGUCUUUCAAAAAUUAAAUGAAAGUUUUUGUACUGUUGACUUCUGUGAUGUCGCAUCAUAUAAAACAUUUAAUGUCAAAUCCAAAAUCCUGGAGUAUAGACUUUUUUAUAAGUUAUACUUUAUUUUCACUGUGCAAAUAAAUAUGUUAGACUGCUAUUUUAUGUUUUACGGUUUUGCACAUCGUUUAUAUUGUUGUAAACCAGGCAUAUUUUUCUGUUUGAUCAAAACAUGGUAUAAAGGAAAAGUCUAAAUAAAGGGAAAAAAGUACAUGUUAAAAACAUUAAAGUCACGUUAUUAUGUUAUUAUGCUUUGCUUUCCCUUGUUUCACUUAACGUUGAAGUGCAAACGUAUGCUAUAUCUGGGCAGGUCAGUAGGUGGCGGUAAUGCACCUUAUUUGUUAAGUGCAGUGGUUUCCAACCUUUUUCCAUUUUUGUGUCACCCGUGAAUUUAUCAGAUAUGGACUGUUUAGAACCCCUUGAGUACCCCACCCCUAUUAAUU